AUGCGGCUACGACUAUUUGUAACUGCAGCGUCUGCAGCUAUCACUGUUACGGCCUCGCCUCUGGCUGUGCCGGAGCAGCUGCCGAUGAAUGCUGGGCUGGAUUUCCAUACCAAUGCCAAAGAAGCACCUAGAAAACUGACCGGAAAAUUCCUCCACAUCACUGUAAAAGUUGCUGGACAGACGCUAACUGCGCAUGAAGACUUACACCUAGACCGUUUCUACGUUCCCGGCUCAUUAACUGAAGAUGACGAGGCCUGCCACCAUGGGGAUGGCACCGCGGGAUACCUUGGUUCGCCGGGAUCCGAAUGCGACUCGCCACAGUUACUGAUCGAUCAGACCUUCGACUGGAUUGACGAGAACCUGAGAGAUAAGAUCGAUUUCGUGAUCUGGACCGGAGAUUCUGCCCGCCACGACAACGACGAGCGCAUCCCACGCACCGAAAACCAGAUCGAGGAGUUCAAUGCGGCCAUCGCGAACAAAUUUCUAGAAGUCUUCAGCCACCGGGAUGAACACCCCAACGGAGCCCUAACCAUUCCCAUAGUGCCAAAUAUUGGCAACAACGACGUUAUGCCGCACAACAUCUUUGAACAAGGGCCAAAUCGCUGGACCCAGAAGUUGUAUCAACUGUGGAAGUCAUUUAUCCCGGAAGAGCAGCGUCAUACCUUCCUGGAGGGUGGAUGGUUCCACGUCGAGGUCAUUCCCAACAAGCUCUCGGUGUUUAGUCUGAAUACAUUGUACUUCUUUGACUCCAAUAAAGCGGUGGACGGAUGUGCACAAGAAUCAGAACCUGGCUACCAUCAAAUGGAAUGGCUGCGCGUCCAGCUGCAGCUUCUUCGUGAGCGAGGCAUGAAAGCUAUUAUCAUGGGACAUGUCCCUCCUGUGCGAUCUGCGGACAAGCAGGCGUGGGAUGAGAGCUGCUGGCAGAAGUACACUCUAUGGCUACACCAAUACCGCGACAUUGUGGUUGGCAGUCUAUACGGACACAUGAACAUCGAUCACUUUACGUUUCAAGACACAGAAGACGUGGACAUAGAUUGCCUUCUUCGGGGUGAGUCCGUGGCGCCAUUUGUUGAGGAAAACAACUAUGAGAAUUUCACAGUUCAGUCCAAGACCAGCUAUCUAAGCAGCCUUCGCGACUUGUGGGGGGCUCUCCCAUCUCCACCUUCAUCCGUUCUAAAGGACGAGUGGUCAUUUCUAGAAGAUGAUCAAAUUGAUACGACGAAAAAGAAGAGCAAAAAGAAGAAAGAGAAGGAAAAGUUCUUCAAGAAAAUUGGUGGUGAAUACGCAGAACGUUUCUCGCUCUCGCUUGUUUCGCCCAGCGUAGUUCCUAAUUACUACCCGACUCUCCGCGUGGUUGAAUACGACAUAACCGGUUUGAAACAGACCCCUACAUGGGCAGAUACACAGGUUCAUAGGAAUGGAAACGACAAAAAUCAACCCUGGGCAGAGCGUGAGAUUGAUAUUCAAAAGAAGCCUAAAAAGUCGCCCAUACCAGAUCCGCCAGCCAAAAGUGCUCCUCCGGGACCUGCCUAUUCCAGGCAACCGUUGAGUUUUCUGAAUUACGCACAGUAUUUUGCCAACACAACUCAGGCUGAGAAGAAUAUUGAGAAUGCCGAAAACGGCACCCUAUCCAAGGUACUCCAAUUACAUUACGAACUGGAGUAUCACACGGCAGAGGACGACGUUUACAAACUCCCCGACCUAACCAUGCCCAGCAUAUAUAAUCUAGCUACAAAAAUAGGACAGGGCGUAUCAUCGUCAUCGUCAUCAUCACAUAUGUCAGCGCCAAAAGAUAGCGAUGAAAAUAACGCUCGAAAACCUGGCAACAAAAAUAAGAAGAAAAAGAACAAGAAGAGCAAAAAGAGCAAAUCGAAUAAAGCAUGGGAAGGAUUCAUUGAGCGGGCGUUUGUGGGAUUUUUGACAAUGGACGAAAUUGAAAAUAAAUUGUAA